CUCAUCGCACCAUCAUGUAUACCCAGCGACCGUUGGCGUAUGCCCCUACGCCGUAUAGCUAUACGCCCAACCCAGCGUUGGCGGCGUCUAUCAACCUUGAUGAAGAAGUAAAACUAGCCUCCAGCGCUGCGGAGCGGGAUCUCUACGAGUCGUUGGCUGAAAUCUACGGCAUCAUCGUCACUCUGGAUGGCCUGGAGAAAGCUUAUAUCAAAGAUGUGGUUACGGAAGCAGAGUACACGGAGACAUGUACCCGGCUCUUGAAGCAGUACAAGUCCAGUUUGGGUGAUGAGACUGUUGCAAAUGAGUUCGUCGAUCUAGAGACCUUCAAACGCACCUGGGAGCUGGAAUGCCCUCGCGCCACCGAACGUCUCCGCAUUGGCCUCCCCGCGACAGUCGAACAAGCCUCCCACAGCACACCCGCCGCGAACAUGGCUCCAGCAGCAGCAGGCCCUGCAGGAGCAUCUGGUAGUCUGAUAUUGACGGCUACUGAGAAUUUCAUCACCUUCUUGGAUGCGCUGAAGCUGAACAUGGUGUCCAAGGACGCACUGCACCCGCUUUUGUCGGAAGUGAUCCAAUCCGUCAAUAAAGUCACCGAUGUCGAUUUCGAGAACCGGGGCAAGAUCAUCCAGUGGCUGAUCACCUUGAAUCAGAUGCGUGCAACCGAGGAACUCGGUGAAGACCAGGCUCGGGAGUUGGCGUUCGACAUUGAACAAGCAUACCUGGGAUUCAAGGCCACUUUGGGUUGAACCGGCCUUGCGGGAGUUAUUCACUGUCAUUGGUGUGGAAUGGUGCCUGGCGUCUGGGGUGCAAUACCAAAUUCGAGAUUAGGUUUUAUUUUUUGCUUUAGAAGAUCGCUUGCUCUUGUUUGCCAUUCAUCCAUGCUCUUAUCUUGAUCUCGAUUCAACUUUGGGGCGGCGAAUCCGAUCCGCGGAACAGUCCCCGCCGGCCUUUCCUCUUUGGGAAAUCACGACUUUUUUUUUUGCUGCCCUGCAUCCAGAACCCCCCAAUCUUAUUUUGCCACAGGCAC